AUGUGUUCUCCAACUAAUUUCUUAUAUGAGCCCUUUUCCAGCGAUGCUGUGACGCAGAACUAUGACCAAAAUCUAAAAUGCACCAAAUGUGGCGCCUAUUAUUCGAUGGCUUGUUCCCUACGAGAACAGAAUGUUUGGACUUGUCUAUUCUGCAACCAAUCAAACUCAAAUGCUGAAUUGCCACUGGUACCUUCCAACACCUAUACAUUGACUUCUGCAAAGAAAGAAAUACUUUCAAGACGGACCAUUAUGAUUAUAGACGCUAUUUGCGAUCCUCAUGAGCUAAAUUAUUUAGUUUCCAUUCUAUGUAAUAAUUACAUCACAAGACAACAAGAGCCACUAUCAAUAAUUACUAUUCAGCAAUCAGGUCAUGUGAUUUUACACAAUGCUGUGAAUCACAGACGUGAUGCUGUAUUUUCAAUAAAUGAAUUUAUGACCAAAUAUAAUCUUGAUAAAUUAAAUGCCAGUUACUUCGAGAAAAAAAUUUCAGAAAUCAAUCAAGAAUCAUACUGGUUUGAUAAAUCUACUCAGGGUUCUUUAAGAAAAUUGCUACGGGAAAUAUGCAAGAUUGCAAACAAAGUGAAUAUCAGUUCUAAAAGGGACAAGCGUUGCACCGGAUUAGCGCUGUUCGUUUCAUCCGUACUGGCGUCUCAGUGCAGUUUGUCAGCCUACUGUCAUAUAGUUUCAUUCCUGAAUGGUCCAUGUACUAAGGGUGGCGGCAAAGUUAUGUCAAGAGAACGUGGUGAAAGCAUGAGACAAAACCACCAUUUUGAAUCCAAAAGUUCACAAUUGCAACUAUCAAAAAGUCCGACAAAAUUUUACAAGAAAAUGCUUGAAAAAUUUGCAAACCAAUCGUUAAUCUAUGAAUUCUUUAUAGCUUCAUUGGAUCAAAUCGGUAUACUCGAAAUGAGUCCAUUAAUAACUUCGUCAAUGGCAGUUUCUCAGUUUGAUUCAUUCAAUGAUGAGAGAUUCGCAAUGUCUUUUCAAAAGUACCUGAACUUGCGUGACCAUAAUGCCAUUUACAAUUGUCAUUCAAAGAUAAUGACCGCAAAGAACGCUAUUGUCGUUAAGGACUUCCCAAAAUAUAGCUUAAACCCUAAAAACCUUUCUCUACCAUUAGAAAUCUCACUAGGUCACAAUUCAGCUGAAGCUCCUAUACAGUUUCAAACCACUUUUGAAAAUCAAACGGAAAAAUACAUAAGAAUUGAAACCCUCUUAUUGCCAAAAGCCAAUAGAUCAUUUGGGGCACAAAAUGAAAUUGUGUUUUCAAUGAAAAAGAUAGCCUCACGAAUUAUCGAUAGCUUUGCUUACUCAUCCAAGCACACUAAAGAAUUGAUGAAGCAAUUGUUUCUAUUACCAAAUCAAAUCCGGGGAAAAGACGUAGAUAUGGUCAAUCUGAUACAGUGGUGUUAUCAUAUAUAUAGGUCUCCAAUUCUAUCGGUUCGGAAUACUUCACCUGAUGAAAGGUACCUUUUUCUUCACCGAAUAAUAAACGCUUCUAAAGACACAUGCCUUUCAUUAUGCAAACCCUUCAUCUGGAGUUACAGUGAUUUGAAACACGACUGGAUCGUGUUGGAUGUCCCAUUAACAAGAGCCCAGAUACUUCAAGAUGAUAAAACCACCAUUUGUGUAGAUGGUGGCUCGUACUUAGUUUUAAGAAGGGGAAAACUUUUGGAAAAAGAAGGUCGCGAGCUCUGUUGCAAGCUUUUAAAUGACUUGCAAAGGUUUCCGCAGCCAUUAUAUGUUGAAACUAAAACCGGUGGCAGUCAGGACCGUUUCUUGAAAAGCAAAAUUAUUCCCUUGGACAUCACUGACAAGGAAACUCUUGGUACAGAGGAUAUGACAUUCAAUGAAUAUUUCAACUUGUUCACCGAUCUAAGUGGAAGCAAAUAA